AUGUCCAACUGUCCAUUCUGCAACAUAGCAACCCACUGGCCACCAUCCGACAAUCCCUCAGGCGACUAUGGACUCAUAUCUCCCUCUGCCUUCGUUGUAUUGAGUGCGCCCCUCGUUGUUGCUUUUCUUGAUAUCAUGCCCCUCUCCCCAGGCCACAUCCUAAUAACCACACGGCAACACCGCGAGAAGAUCUCCGACGUAACCGACGCCGAAGCUCGCUCGCUGGGCUCCUACGUCUCCCUCCUCAGCCGCGCUCUCGCGAAUGUAACCGGCGUUUGGGACUGGAACAUCGUGCAAAACAAUGGAGCGGCGGCGAGCCAGGUCGUGCCGCAUGUGCACUAUCAUUUGAUUCCAAGGCCGCAGUUGAAUGGCGAAGAGAGGAAUAGGAGCUUUACGAUGUUUGGGAAGGGGAUGAGGAGUGAGAUUGACGACGAGGAGGCCAGUAGGUUAGCGCGGAGGGUGAGGGAGGAAGUUAGCAGGGAGAGGGAGAGGAUAGGGAGGGUGAGGGAUAGAGGCAAAAUAUAG